UCAAGACAUAAAUUGAGAAAUAUCUGAGCGACCGAUCAAAACUACCUGAAGGAGCUAUUCGUGGUCUCUGCACCGAUCGAGACGGAAAGCUCAACGUCGCCGAUGAGAAGCUCAACCGCCUCAACAUCACCGAUCGGGACGGAAAGCUACAAGCCAUCACCGCCGAUGAGAAGCUCAACACACCGCCUCAACGCCGAUGGGCAGCUCAGUGCAUCGUUUAAACGCCGACGAGCAGCUCAACGCAACGUCGUUUGAUUUCAAUCGCCGCCUCUGUCCAAGUGCGUCAAGCCUGAGCCAUUUGAUCUUCAGCUCAUGAGUUGGAUUUUCUUCAGGUGAAAGUAUAUACUCCGUAUUUUAGGUUUAGACUAUUUUGUAUUUUUCUUCUUGUGAACCAAUUUACUUUCCCUAAAAAUCAAAGAGACGAUGUGUUUCAUCGACAUUAACAAAUCAAUGUGCGAGUUAACUAGAUAUAUUAACUUGUUUCUUUAAAGUAUAGUUUGAUUUUUUAAUUCUUCGUAUGUGGACUGCUGUUUAGAUCUCCUGCAGAUUUCACAUUUCUUUGACUUUCAGAUUUGGAUUGUAGUUCACAAUUUCUUUGAAAUUUCUGCCAACACAUGAUGCUUAGUUUACAAUUUCUUUUAUUAUAUCCAAAAGAUUGCACCUUACCUAUGAUGUAGUGCAGAGUAUAUCUUAAAUCUUAACUAUACACUUUCACUCCAUUUUAAAUGCAAUGUGAUUAGCAAUGACUAGCAGUCUACAUUUCGGAAUUGAAUUUAGUUAUCAAAGCCAUCUCUUUCACUAUUUGUUUACAGACCUCUCAUUCAAUUAUCACGCAGGCAGUACUUGCUGUACUAAAAUAAAAUUUUACAAUGUGGUCUGCCUCAAGAGAAAGCAUAACAGAAUGUAGUUGAAUUGGUUUUGCCUGAAGACAGCUCAUUGGGUGAGUAAUGACAUCGUCUUCCUCCAUCCCCUGCAUUUUCCCCUGCUUUACUUUGUCCUCUCAUCUUUCAAUGUCUCAAAAUGAUACUAUGGAAUCUGGAUGAUGGAUCAAAAGUGUGGGGGAAUGAGAAUGAGAAUUCAAUGUGAGAAUGAGAAUUCAAUGUUAACAGCUUGUUAGAAUUUCAAUCAGAUUGAUGAUGAUUGUAACCAUGUUCUGUUUUAAUACAUUUUCAAUGUAUCAUUUUUACUACUCACUUGGUCACGAUUGGUUAUCUUUAUGGAAAACAUAGGGGGUGCUUUGGGUGAGGGAUAUGGAAUCCUUGGUCAAGCAGGAAGUAGCAAAUUAUGUUUAUCACUUGAGAUGACCUUGCAAUAUGGAGUGAAGGAACUACUAGUCUACAUAUUUGCUACAUUUGGGAACAAAAAAACAAUAUUAUUUUUUGUUUCUUUUUGUUGUAUUGAAUGUGUUGGUUUUUGUUUCUUAUUGUUGUUUUUUGUUGCACACUGUUUCUUUUUGUUGCAUUGUGUUACACUGUUACUUAUGUUUUGGUAUACUGUUGUUCUUGAUUUUUGUUAUUUAUUUUGAUUUUUCUUUAUCUUCGCUCUUUCUUUGAAGUGAAA